CUCUGGUUAGCGUGGGAAAGAGCCCGCCUCCUGUCCCAUAAGGCCCUGCGCCGGAAACUUCACUCUCUCUUCCUGUCUCUCAUCAUGGCGCAGGAUCAAGGGGAAAAGGAGAACCCCAUGCGGGAGCUGCGCAUCCGCAAGCUCUGCCUCAACAUCUGCGUCGGGGAGAGUGGGGACCGACUGACGCGGGCAGCCAAGGUCCUGGAGCAGCUCACGGGCCAGACCCCGGUCUUCUCCAAAGCCAGAUACACCGUCAGGUCCUUUGGCAUCAGGAGAAAUGAAAAGAUUGCUGUCCACUGCACAGUCCGUGGGGCCAAGGCAGAAGAAAUCUUGGAGAAGGGUCUAAAGGUGCGAGAGUAUGAAUUACGAAAAAAUAACUUCUCAGAUACUGGAAACUUUGGUUUUGGGAUCCAGGAACACAUCGAUCUGGGGAUCAAAUAUGACCCAAGCAUUGGUAUCUACGGCCUGGACUUCUAUGUGGUGCUGGGUAGGCCAGGUUUCAGCAUCGCAGACAAGAAACGCAGGACAGGCUGCAUUGGGGCCAAACACAGAAUCAGCAAAGAGGAGGCCAUGCGCUGGUUCCAGCAGAAGUAUGAUGGCAUCAUCCUUCCUGGCAAAUAAAUUCCCGUUUCUAUCCAAAAGGCCAAUAAAAUGUUUUCAGUGAAAUGUA